GGCACGGAGGUCAAAGCAAUCCGCGACAAUACUAGCUGCAGCCGUUGUUUUGAAGUACACCUGUUUAUUUUUUACUACGACUUCGGUUUUUAAUAAUUGAAGACAUCAUCGAACUUCAAUGUCAGAUUUCGACCACAACCCGUUCGCGGACCCUGAAUUCAAUAACCCUUUUCAGGAUCCGUCAGUGACACAAGUAACACAGAAUGCUCCUCCAGGGUUGGAAGAGUACAACCCCUUCACAGAUGCCAAGCCGGUCCCCCCUGGCACGGCACCCAAAGUACCGGCCCCCACCACCAACACACAACCAGCCAUCAUGAAGCCGACGGAAGAACCGCCUGCAUACUCACAGCCUCAACAGACACAGGAGCAGGUGCGGGCUGCAGCAGAGCUGCUGAGGAGACAGGAGGAGCUGGAGAGGAAGGCUGCAGAGCUAGACCGCCGGGAGAGAGAGAUGCAGUCGCUCAACGCAUCAGGAGGUAGGAAAAACAACUGGCCUCCCCUCCCAGAGAAGUUCCCUGUGGGUCCCUGUUUCUACCAUGACAUCACAGUGGACAUCCCUGUAGAUUUCCAGAAGACUGUCAAGAUCAUGUACUACAUCUGGAUGUUCCACACGGGGACACUGUUUGCCAACAUGUUUGGCUGUCUGGCCUGGUUCUGUGUGGAUGCGUCCAGGGGAGUGGACUUCGGCCUGUCCAUGCUCUGGUUCAUGAUCUUCACUCCCUGCUCCUUCGUCUGCUGGUACAGACCCCUCUACGGAGCCUUCAGGAGUGACAGCUCAUUCCGUUUCUUCGUCUUCUUCUUCGUCUACAUCUGUCAGUUUGGUGUUCACGUGAUGCAGUCCAUUGGCAUCUCCGGCUGGGGUGCCAGUGGGUGGAUCUCAGCUCUGACUGGUCUGAAUAAGAGCAUCCCUGUUGGCAUCAUCAUGAUCCUCAUCGCUGCUCUCUUCACUGCCCUUGCUACCAUGUCCCUCAUCAUGUUCAAAAAGGUACAUGGUAUGUACCGCACCACUGGGGCCAGCUUUGAGAAGGCCCAGGCAGAGUUCGCCACGGGCGUCAUGGCCAACAAGACGGUCCAGACAGCCGCCGCUACCGCAGCCUCCAACGCCGCCAGCGGAGCAUUCAAGCAACAGAUUUGAUUGGUCCGAAGAGCCACCUAGAGCCCGCCCUCUUUCUUCUAUCCGUCCAAUCCAAGCUCCAGAGCGAACUGGAGUUUCCCUGCCCUCCUAACCUAGCUCUACUGACAUGACUAGCAUGACACCUAGAAGGAUGAGACCAAUGAUGUCAUAGUAGAUGAAAACAGGAAGUAGACAUGAGAGGCUUGUUUGAAUCGUUUCAUUCAGUUCCAUUUGUCUCCCAGUGCAGAUGUACUUCCUGUAGAAUCUUUGAGGUUUAUGACAUCACCUUCUGAUCCCUCUCCGUCUCAUUCUGCUCACAUGGCGACACCCAGCUUCCACCAAGCCCCGCCUCUCACCUGCCCUGAGGGCUGUAACUCCGCCCACCCCAGUGACUUUAUUAAUGCACUCCUGUCCUGUCUCUUACCCUACAACCCUUAGUCAUGUCACAAAGUGUUUGCAAACUUUCCUUUGAGUGUGUAGCUGUGUGUAUGGGUGUGCAGCUGUCUGUGUAUGCGUGCGUAUAUGGAUAUUAGUCUCUCCAUAUGUUGAUGCUGAGGCCUAUACAUUGUGUGAGUACCAGCUAUAGAUUAUAUUCUUUCUCUCACUCCCUCUAAAGCAUUGUACCAAGUCAAUUCACUGCACCAAGACUAUUUUAGCUGUAGCUAUCCAUUCACUUCUACAACUAAAUUAUUAACUGGAUUUAGCCAAGUACUGUUAAAAUGUAACACUUGUUUACUUCUUUUGAAACCUGAGCCGGUCAGGCCGAGAUGGGCACUAGUCAGUGAGUCUGUCCUCUGGUGGUGAGACCGGCUAGUGUUGAUGAUGAAUGCUGUGCAUUCCACAAUGUUGUGUUUAAUACCUCGGAAUGAUCACAUCUAAAUGGUUUAAUCUCAAGAAGUGAGUGAAAACUGAUCAGAACUCAAUCAGGAAGGGUACUAUUAUAUCUGUACAGUUCAUACACUAGGACACUCACGUGAGAUGUUAUUGUUCAGUUAACAUUAUGAUUAAAAGAGAGCAGUUUGCUCUGACACCUGUGGUCGAGUCUAUCUUCCAAACUUAACAGGUACGCUUCUCAGAAAUCAGGAUUCUGUCUUUGCUGUCUUGGUUAUACUUUUCAUAACCGUGUCUUCUCUUUCUCACAGCCUUGUAGUCUUGCCUUUGAUAACAUUUGAUCAAAAUACCUUUUAAUAUAAACAAAGAACCAGAUGACAUGAACCUAAAUGUCAUAGCCUCUAUCCUUGUCCCUUGCUUUAGUGGUAAAGUUGCACUUCAUGUAGACACUCCUUCACACAGACACAUCCACCCAAUAGCUGUAUUUUAGGCCUUCAGACCUGCACAGACACAUGUAUGCUAGCUAAGCUAGAUGCUAACAACUUGACUCCAGUGAGAGAGAGAGCUAGCUAGUCUCCAGCCUUGGUUUUCUAGUGGAGACAUACCUCAGUUAGUUAGUACUAUUCAGGAUAAUAUCAAGAUGUAAUGUACUCUUUAUGUGCAUGACAAAGCUUGCAGAUCAACUGGACACUACUCUGGUCUAGGCAUCUGUGUGUAUAGAAGUCUAUGGUUACACUCCAGUGAGUGAGUGAACUGAUGAAAAAGGAGUAUUCUGUCUGUUUGAAGUUGAUGCUGUGCAUUAAAGUGAAUCAGUCCAGUAGUCCCUCUUUCUCCAAACACUCCUUCAGAACAGGAGAUAUCAUUGGUUAUAUCCCAGUUAUAUCAUUGGUCUGUGCUGUAUGGCUGUGUAGACGCUGAUAGCCUGAGUAUUAAUUAUAUUAUCUUCAUCGCAUGAUUGAGUGAAAGGAGAGAUCCCCCAGUGUUUUAUGUCUUCUUGUUUAUUGGUUUGUUUGUCUGUUCUGUGUCUUCCUCUGUUGGAUUUGAUUCAUCAUGUUAGAUAGAAAGUACUGAAUAAGUUCUGAUUCCAUUCAAUUUAACAUGUCUUGUUUUGAGUGUUUAUAACUGUGAACCUACCUGUGACUUUCAGCCUUUGAGUGUGACAUGAAGAGGGGUUGGGGAUGUUAGAGGGGUGCACAUGUGUGCUGUAAUAUCAUUGAUGUGUGUGUUGCGGGGUGUGUCAGUCAAAGUGAAGUCUUAACAAGUAUAGCUGGUUGUUCAGUUGAACACUAAUGUGGGCAGAGGCAGAGACAGGCUGACAACUUCAUGUUUUUCCUCCUUUUUAUACUUUCCUGCUUUCCUUAGUCUAAUAGUCAUUCAUCUCUCUUUUUGUGGUCUUGAGUAUGAGUGUAUGCCUGUGAAUAUGUGUGUGUGCUGAGCUACUUUAAGUUAUUCUACAUAUUUUGAAAAUCUGAACGAAUGGCACCUGAAUGUUCCUGUUAAAUAUUUGUUGGCUUGGAAACAAAAAAUAAAUGAACUGGGAAAUGUGAGGAAGUCAGUAGGUGAAACUAAGCAAUGUUAGUGUUUUGAGAUUAACUGUGGCUUUAACUUGUGCUUUUUAAUCAAUGUAUCAAGUAUAUAGUAUAAAAACACAGAAUUAUUAUGAAAUUUGUCUUGCUCAUCUCUGACAAUGGAAUCAAUUGAAGUUAUUUAAAAAAAUAAAGCAGACUUUAAGGGAUGUUUGUUGAUUUUGUCAAAUUUGACAACUGGUCGGCUGGUAUCCUGAAUUUCAUUGUACUGUACAUAAACUCUCUUCUCUCCUUUAAGUCGCAUGUUGAGUAGUUUGUUUUGUAUAUUUAUUGUAUUAACACAGAAUAAAAUUCAGAAGUCAACUACC